UCAUCGAAAUCACUUCAAUUGUUAUAUAACCUUGAUCUAAAUUGAAAAUCUAAAUGUCUACUGAUUAAAACGAUCGUUAAUUGUAAACAAUUAAAUGUCUACUCAAAUUUGGUUUACAUUUUCAUAACUAAUCAAUUAUGAUGGAGAAAUAAUUUCAUGGUUACAGUUUUCAUUAAUUGUUCUAGUCAAAUGAUUGGACAAUUAGUAUUAUAAUCAAAUGAAUGAGAACUGGGAAAAACCCUAUCGAUUCAACUAGUUGACCAGUUAAAGUUUUUUGAUUGUUACAAUUGUUAACAAGAGUAAAUUAAUUUUCAUCAGUUGAUUAUAAUUAUUCAAAUUAUUUUCCAUUGAUUAAUAACAAAUGAUUAUUAGUUAACCUGAUUCAUUUUUCCACCCACUUUGGUUGACUCAGUUUCAUCAUGAAAAUCGGGGACAUGUUGGAAUAGGGACUUUCACUAUCAACCAAGAGGAGAAAGUGACAAUCAACAACAAUCAACUAAAUUGUAGUCAAAUGAGUUACACGUGAAACCAUCAGUUUAACAUAAAAUACUUAAAUCAAUCCGUUUAACAAUCAGUAUAACUUGUGAACUAUUUGACAAAACAAUUAAGCAAAGAGAGAGAGAGAGAGAGAGCAACGAUUGUCUUUAAAUCAAUCAAUACGAAUACCCUCAAGCUAAUUAGAACCAAUUCUUUUUAAUCAGCAAUUAUCUUCUCUCUCUCUCUCAGUCAGAUUUAAAUUGUUUAAAUUCUAGUUGAUUAAAAUCAGUGAAUGAAAAAACCACCAACCACCAAUCAUCAAUCAACGAUCAUUUUCACUUUGUUGAAAUGAAAAUCACUUGGAAUUGUUUUCAUUUAUUUGAUUAUUUAAACCAUCGCCAUUGUCGUUUAAACCUUGAAUUCAGGUCGUCGGUUAAUUGUUGCCGAUUAAUAUGUUGUUUUCCUCUCCAACUGUUUGUAUAUUCACGUUAAUUUGCUUGAUUAUCGAUUUGGUUAUAUGUCAAAAGACUAAACCGAUUGAUUUUUACUUUAAUCGCGGCGGAAGGGUCAAUAUGGUUCAAAAGGAUUGGAUGUCCAGUUUAAACGAUUCCAUUCAUUUGAAUCAUCUCUCCAUUCCUGGAACCCAUGACACUAUGGCUUUUUAUGGUGGUCCAUUUGUUCAAACUCAAGUAUUGUCACUCGAUAUUCAAUUGAGAGUUGGUAUUCGUGCUUUUGACAUUCGCUGUCGCCAUGUUAACGAUAUUUUUGAGAUUCACCAUGGACCAAUUUACCAACGAUCAGAUAUGGACAAAGUGCUCCAAUCGAUGGUCAACUUUCUGGGCAAUUUCCCAUCGGAAGUUUUAUUGGUUCGGAUAAAAGAGGAAUCAGCUCCAAGUGAUAAUUCCCGAUCAUUUUCUGAUACCGUUGAUUAUUAUCUUAAUAAACCAACAUUUCGAAGUUACAUUUGGACUGGUAAUUCAACUGUUCCUCUUGGUCAUGUUCGAGGUAAAAUUGUUAUCCUACGAAAUUAUCCUUCCAAACAAUUACUUGGUGUUCCAUGGGAUAGAACAUUGAUUCAAGAUGAUUAUAUUGUGCCAACAGUUUUCUCCAUUGGAAGUAAAUGGAUUAAAGUUCAAGAACACUUGGAACGAGCUCGAUUAUCGGCCUAUCAAUCGGAUACUUUUGUUAUUAACUUUCUCUCGGGCACAUCACCGGGAGCUUAUCCUUGUACAAUUGCCCGACGAAUCAAUCGUUACAUCUUGGAUUGGCUUCAAAAGUAUCAAGUUGAUUAUAUUGGAAUCAUUUACAUGGAUUUUCCUGGAGAAGGAUUAAUCAGCAGUAUAAUUCGUCUCAAUUCAGGAAUUCAUAUUACCAAUGGACUUGGAGAUGAUCAAUUAGAUUUCACUUGUAAUGAAGAUCAAGAGAAACAUCAACUUAAUCCAAUCAAUCUUACCAAUAUUCAAACAAAUUAAAUGGUAAAAAUGUUUGUAAAUUUUCAGUUGGACAACGAGAAGUAUUUGUCACAUUACAAUCAGGUAAUGAAGAUUUAUUCAUUGAUGAUAUUGGUUUAUAUCGAUUGAGAGAUGAUUCCACUGAGAAACAAGAACUUUGCCGAUGGAAGAAUCAAAUUGUCAUGACAAAUUAAAUCACACCAAACAUCAGAAAUGUUGUAUUGUCUUCACCUAAUCAAAUGUCAAUCUUAUUUUGACAACAAUUUACUAAAAAUCCAACAAAUUAUUUAUUAAUCAUUCAACUUGAACAAUAAACAUUCAAUCUAAAUCAA